UGGCUUAUGAACAGACAUUUGAAAGCACAGCUGUUUAUCAUCCAACUUUAUUAAUUUGCUCUCUCUUUUUUUUCAGUUUGCUGGGCUUUCUUUGCAUAACAUCAAUGUCUGAAGAAGUUACUUAUGCAGAUCUAAAAUUCCAGGACUCCAGUCAGACAGAAAAUAUUCAGAAGUUUGACAAAUCUGAGAAAGAAGAACCGCCUGUUCCUUCCCACGUAUGGCGUCAAAGAGACUUGGCUGUGACUCUUCUGUGCCUUCUGCUGCUGAUUGGCCUGGGAGUCUUAGGCACCAUGUUUCACAUAACUUUGAAGACAGGCAUGGAAAAAUUGAAUAAGCUACAAAAUAUCAAAGAAGAACUUCAAAGAAAUAUGUCUCUACAACUCAUGCAGAACACAAAUAGUUCCCAGAAAAUCAGGAACCUUUCUAUCAAACUUGAAGAAAUAGCCACCAAAUUAUGUCGUGAGUUAUAUACAAAACACAGAGAGCACAAAUGUAAACCUUGUCCAGAGAAGUGGUUGUGGCAUGACGACAGCUGCUACCUACUACAGAAUAUGGCAAGAACGUGGCAGAAGAGUGAUGAGAUUUGUUCUGACUACAAUGCCAGCCUGUUGAUGAUUAAAAGCAAAAGUGUGGUGGAAUUUAUAAAAUCUCUGAAUUUAUAUAACCAUUGGUUGGGAUUAUCUCCCAGGAAAGAUAACAGAAAACACGGGACCUUGGAUACAAUUAUCCCCCUCGACUGGUUUACAAGAAAUACAAGUGUCAUAAAUGAUAAGAUGUAUUGUGGAAUCAUACAGUAUGGAUACUUUUCUUAUACUAAGUGCACUGAUACUAAAAAUUUUAUUUGUGAGAAGCUUGCCCAAACAGUGAAGAUUGAUAGUUUGCUAAUGAGUGCAGUACUGGAUGGAAAUAAGUAGUUAGUGAAAUCAGUUUGUCCCAAGUAUUAUCCUGCAGUUAAAGGACGCUUUGGGGACCAUACAUCUUGUUGACCGCACCAAUAGAAUAAAGAUGCAGUAAGACUACA